GAGCAGGGUUUGGUAUCCUCAGUCUUCAGAUAUAUUACAACAUUGAACUCCAGGAUUUGAUAAAUGGGACAUUUCGAAAUCCAUUUGGAGGUCCUGAUCUGGAAUCAAGACCCCUGGAUCUAGAGGAUGUUUUAGAAAUAUCUAAAAUUGCAAACUAUGUUCAAAGAUUAGAUAAACAGAUUGAAUGGUUACAAAUCGGAGUAAAAAUGGCUGGAAAUGAUGGCAGAGGAAAAAUAAGGAAGCUUUUAGAAACCGCAGUAAUAGAUCAUGAUCAUAUUCUACAGGUAUCCGGAUACGGAUCAAGUUCCACGAUAACUCCUGAUGGACUACCUGAAGUCCCUGUGUUUACAUUUCCCUAUCGUGUAUCUCUAAAUAUACCCCAUCUAGCGGAGAAACAUGAAGUAGAACCAUCGACUGUUCUGAAAGACAGUCUUAGGCGCCAUGCUAGUGAGGUAUCCCGGAUCCAGGUUUAUAAAGAUAUAAAAGUUGACGAGAUUCCUACACAAACCAAAUAUCUUUCAAAGACGUUUAAACGAAUGUGGUUUCACAAUCAGAACACAACCAUUCAACUUUGCCAGGGAGUAAAUCUAAGAUCAACAAGUUUAGACAAAGAUGUUAAAUGUACUUAUAUACACUACAGGGAUCCCUAUCUGCUUCUUGGUCCUUUUAAACUAGAGAAUUUGAACCUAGAUCCUCCAGUUGGAAUAUUCAGAGAUUUCUAUACUAUUCGUGAAUGUGAGAGUAUCAAGAAAAGAGGAAGAGGAAAUGUAAAAUCUACACCCUUCCAGGGAAGAGGUAGAACAGAGUACUACAAUACGCAACGAGUCAGUAAACGAGUACAUCUUAAAGAAGACGGCUUUAAAGAAGGAAUGUCGUCUUCCAAAAGAAUUUCUUUAGCCACCAAGUGGAUUGUUCACACUCAAAAAUGGGCUUCAGACGAGUAUAGUUUGAUAAACUACGGAAUAGGAGGGCAGAUAGAAGUACAUGUGGACUACUGGAAUCAUGAAAACAAAAGGAGAGGUGGAUCCAGGAUUGCUACUUUUUUGGGAUACGUCUCUCAAGUUGGGUAUGGAGGACGAACUGUAUUCCCUGGACUAGGUUUAUCUGUCAACCCUGAGCAAGGUUCAGCUUUGUUCUGGUAUACACUCAACUCACAUGAGGAUUAUGACAGCAGGUAUACACUCAACUCACAUGAGGAUUAUGACAGCAGGUAUACACUCAACUCACAUGAGGAAUAUGACAGCAGGUAUACACUCAACUCACAUGAGGAAUAUGACAGCAGGUAUACACUCAACUCACAUGAGGAUUAUGACAGCAGGUAUACACUCAACUCACAUGAGGAUUAUACAGCAGGUAUACAUUCAACUCACAUGAGGAAUAUGACAGCAGGUAUACACUCAACUCACAUGAGGAUUAUGACAGCAGGUAUACACUCAACUCACAUGAGGAUUAUGACAGCAGGUAUACACUCAACUCACAUGAGGAUUAUGACAGCAGGUAUACACUCAACUCACAUGAGGAUUAUGACAGCAGAAUGUUUCACAUGGGUUGCCCUGUACUAUAUGGGAACAAGUGGGUGCUGACCAAAUGGAUUUACAGUGACCCUCAGAUGUGGAAAAUACAAUGUGGAAGAAAACCUGCUAAUUUUAGUCCAUUAAUAAAUUAA